CAUGGUGGUUUGUGGUGGUUGUUAGGGUUUUAGGAGGUGGUUAGAGGAUAUUGGGUUGAAGAACAGAGAAGAUGAAGCAGUUCGGGAAUUACCUAACUACUCUCAAAUUAAUCAUACGUAAUAAUCCCCAUUCGUAUAGUGAACGCAUCCAAACCCCUACAGACGUUUCUUCUCCCCCAGGCGACGUUCAUCUUCAUCAGGUUAAAGGGAAGGCGGCAAUCGAUGUGGUAUGCAACCCGUUAGGGAAAUCAGGCGGUGCUUUGAUCCAACAAUUCAUGAUAUUGACAUUCGGUUCACUUGCAAACUCCACACCGUAUCUUGGUGGAAUAUUAUUAGUAAUCGUUUUGGCAUGGUUAGCGGCAGCAAGGUCAUUAGACACACAGUUCACCGCUUUACGACGCGAGGAGGAGAUUGAGAAAGAGAUGGAGAGGACAUCUGUCAAAAUCCCAGUGGUGUCUUCAAACGAAGGCGGAGACGAUAACAAAUCUCUUGGAAGCUCAACGGAAACAUCGUAUCCUACCAACUCUUGAAGAACAAUAAAAGUUGUUUGCAGGAUCAGUUUGGUCCAGUUUGAUCUGGUUUUAUAGUAUUUGAAGCCUUUGAUCUACAUAGAUAUCAUGUUUACUAGUUUGAUUUAAAUCUGUGUACAAACAGCAUAUGGGUAUUAUUUUCACCAUUCUAUUAUUAGUUUGCUGUGUAUGCUUCACACUUUUGUUAUUUAAUGUUAUUUUUUGCUAUUAUAGGUGAAA